AAUCCCCUCCAAUAAAGAUGGCAACGAACUGGCAGAGAAUCCGGUUCUAUAUCAGAUUAACAGUUCUCAUACUAGUUUUGACGAAAGUACUCACUGACGAGACCAGAGCAGAAAAAGAAUUCACCGUAGCACCAGCAGACACCCAACAUGAUGAAGAUGAAUCCAGUGUACAAACAACCAGUACAAUUGAAACAGAUGAGGUAUACCAACAUAUUCAACAACAGUAUGGCCAGAAAAACAGGGACCAUAUCCACAAAGUAUUGCAACUAGAUGAAAAGCCAAAAAGCACACAAGAGUUACUGGUGUCAGACAUCCUUGGAAAGCUAAAUGAACUAUACGAGACUGAUAUUAAACCACUAGGGGAAGCCUAUCAUUUCCAUGAUUUGAAGCAACGCAAAGUUGAUAAUGGUGAGAUUUUUGCAUCCCCACGGGUAUUGAUCAUGGGCCCUUGGAGUACUGGAAAAUCUUCAUUAAUAAAUUAUUUACUUGGAAUAGAAAAUGAUACAUAUGCCCUAGCAACUGGAGCCCAACCAACAACUUCAGAGUUUACUGUCAUGCUGAAUGGUAGAGAAUACAAAACAGUGGAAGGAGCUGUUCUUGCAAUGAACAAGAGCUACAGAGCACUAGAGAAGUUUGGUCAGUCAUUUCUGGAAAGGUUAAUGGGGAUUCAGAUACCUCAUCCCCUCCUUGAAAAGAUGAAUAUUAUAGAUACUCCAGGUAUUAUUGAAAAUCGUAAGCAACAGGAAAGAGGCUACCCCUUCAACAAUGUGUGCCAGUGGUUUAUCGAUCGAGCUGAUAUCAUCCUUGUUGUAUUUGACCCUACAAAGCUGGAUGUUGGUAGUGAAUUAGAAAUUCUCUUCAAACUACUCAAAGGCCAUGAAGGAAAAGUGAGAAUCAUCUUGAAUAAAGCUGAUUCUCUAACUCCCCAAGAAUUAAUGAGAGUGUAUGGUGCCCUCUUCUGGAGUCUUUCACCAUUAAUUAAUGUCACUGAACCACCUAGAGUUUACGUCGGAUCCUUCUGGUCCAAGAAGUACAACUUAGUCUCUGAACCUAAUGGUCAAUUGUUCAUGGAAGAGGAGUUGACCCUUCUCAAGGACCUACAUGAGAUUGUUUCUAAUAGGAUUGAGAACAAGAUUGCUCUCAUUCGUCAGAAUGCCAUACAAGUGAGGAAUCACGCUCUGCUAGUUGCCCAGUACCUUCACGUGUUCCAAGACAAAAAGUCUAUUUUUAAAAACAAUAAAGAAGUUGAAGAACACUUAAUUGAGAAGCCUGGAGAGUAUCGUAUUUUUGAUACAGUAUUGGCUUACCCCGACAUCAGCAAACAUGACCUACCCCCACCAGAACAAUACCAUGAGUUUUUUAAGAUUCAUCCAAUUGAGUCAUUCUUGCCACUAGCCAAGCAUUGCCCUUUUUAUGGCCCAUGUCCUUUGGAAAGAGUGGAACAUGCGAUUCAUGAAAAAAUCCCAUCCCUUCUGGAAGAACUUUAUAAUCAACGGAUUCAUAACUGUAAAACACUGGGGUACUGUGGAAUGAAUUGGGAUCAUACCAUGAAUAAAUACAGAAAAAAUGUAAAUGAAAACCCUUGACCUGGGAUUAAAAUGAAAGAGGCAAUUUCUACUAUAUAAUAAAAUGAAAGAAAAUCAAAAUAUUUAACUUUAAUUAGAAAAUAUUCAUCAUUUAUUGCUCACUGCCUCUUUGAAUCAGGUUAGUUUAAACAUAUUGCAAUAGUUAUAAUACUAGUUUAAAUGCUAAUAUAGUUUCUUUUUCUAAUGUUUAUAUAGAUUACAGAAUUUUGAUGUACAUAUAUUAAGUGGAAAGAACAAUAGAAGUGAUUUCCUUCUUACUUUAAAAAUUCAGAAGGUAGUCAUGUGUCAUGGCAACAGAAAUGGUAAUGCAUUACAGAAACUUAGGUAGCUUUUAGCUGAACAAAGUUAAUAUACAUUUUGUUGCACUACGUAUCUUUUUUAAUGUUAUAAAAGUGUGAGAAAUUUUUAUUUGCAGAGUAAUGUAUAAAUGUCUAUUUUAUUUUUCUUUAAAUCACACGUAUAAAUUAUUACCAAAGGAAAAAUAAUUUGCUUUACACUUUUUACAUGUGGCAAAUAACCAUGUUUUAUUUUAUGAAAUUAUAAGUUUGUUUUUCUGUGAUUUAUGUGUUUGUUCACACAUUUCAGUAGAACACUACUAUAUCUGAAUGAUUUGAUAAAAACAAAACCAUUAAUUUAAUAUCCAAAGUUAAAAUGGUACGCAAAGGAACCACUUAUGUAUGGUAUACCAAAAAUCUCUUAAUAGUGUUUGCAAAGUAACAGCAAGCUUAUAUAAUGCAGUAUCACACCCACACGUGAAAGCAUGUCUAGAAACAUGUAAACCUUUACUAAAUAAUAAAUGUUACAACUGUGCUACUCCGAGAUUUUAACCUAUUAAUUUCAUAACACAUGCAAUUUUAACAAUAUUUCUGAAAGGUGAUAAGUAGUUACUUUCUUUAGUUUGGUUGUUCAAAUAUGAUCUGUCAGUUGGUACACAUGUUCAGUAAGAAAAUAUUAUUGGUGUUUUUUACAACUUGAAUAUAUACUUUUUUUUUCAGGAAUUUUUAUUCUCUCAACUCUCCUUCAAGGAAAGAUGGUGAAAUAACUGAUUCCUUCCUCUAUAUUUGUUUUUACUAAGCCUUCUAAGAGUUAGUAGAAGGUUUUAUGAAUCAUCUAAAGUUGUUUUUUUACUUAUGUUUCCUAUGCUGCUUUGUUUCUUUUGGUUUGAUGCCUAUGAUUUAAAAACACAAACAUUAGUCAAUUUACUAAGUUAAAAACCUUAUGCAGAGUAAAUUGCCAACUUUUCUAAACCUGAGUUAUCCUCAAAAACUUAAUUGUUACACUUCUAAAAAUGUAAAAAAAAAAAAACUUAAACUUUUUAUCCUAUGGUCUUUCACUCUGAAUCUUUGUGCCCAUCCUUUCGGUAUAAGAUAUGACCGUUUUCUCUUUAAUAUUGUAAGUAGCAACAUAUCCAGUUGCAUGUCUGACUCCCCACACAAUUAAGUCUUACUGUCAUGGCUUUAAUUGUAAGGGAAGCAAACAUACAGUUUCACUGUGUGCAAACAUUUGUUAAAUGUACUCAAUACUUUUGUAGAAAUUAAAGUGGUUUGAUCGUAAUCUACUUGCAUAGUUCCUGUCAGUAUACAAGUAGAAAUGUGUUAUUGGAAGAUCUGCAGUCUAAAUAAAACUAUCUAUCUACUGAUAAAA